AUGGAGGAAAGGGAGGGUGAUGUUAUGAACUUCAUGGCUCUUGGCUAUGAAAAAUCUCGGUCGAUUUCAAAGUUGGAACUGGAACUAGAACCACUACUUCGCCCAAACCCUCGUCGGUUCGUGAUAUUGCCAAUCCAAUAUCCGGAUAUCUGGCAAUUUUACAAAAAGGCUGUCGCUUCAUUCUGGUCAGUUGAAGAGGUUGAUUUGUCCAAAGACAUUGUGCAAUGGGAUGCACUUAAGCCAGGAGAGCGACAUUUUAUAUCGUACGUUCUCGCUUUCUUCGCUGCCAGUGAUGGAAUUGUGCUGGAAAAUCUGGUGGAACGGUUUAGUCAAGAAGUUCAAGUACCCGAGGUCCGAUGCUUUUACGGCAUGCAGAUGGCAAUAGAAAAUAUUCAUUCGGAGAUGUAUUGUCUUCUGAUUGAUACGUAUAUCCGAGAUCCAGUGGAAAAGUAUGUAUUUUUAAAUCUAAGUUUUCUUAGAGAUUUCUUGUUUAAUGCCAUCACGAACCUCGAUUGUGUACACAAAAAGGCGCAGUGGGCCCUUGACUGGAUUGGUGAUACAAAGUCAACGUUUGCCGAGCGUAUUGCAGCCUUUGCUGCAAUCGAAGGAGUCUUCUUUUCCGGCAGUUUUGCGUCUAUAUUUUGGCUUAAGAAGCGUGGCCUGAUGCCAGGCUUGACCUUCAGCAAUGAACUUAUUAGUCGCGACGAAGGCCUUCACACCGACUUUGCUUGCCUUCUGUUCAAACAUAUCGUGAAAAAGCCCGAUAAGGAACGUGUUUAUGCUAUAUUCAAGGAGGCAUUGGAGAUAGAAAAGGCUUUCUUUAAUGAGGCCUUACCCGUCAAACUGAUUGGCAUGAACUGUGAUAUGAUGUGCCGCUACCUCGAAUUUGUUGCCGAUCGCUUGCUGUACGAGCUUGGUUACGAGAAGAUUUGGAAUGCUGAGAAUCCCUUUGAUUUUAUGGAGAAUAUCUCGAUCGAGGGCAAAACGAACUUCUUUGAGAAGCGUGUUGGGGAAUACCAAAAAGCGAACAUUAUGUCUCGAGCCAGGGGCGAAGAGACACAUACGUUUACUACCGAGGCGGAGUUUUGA